AUGAACAGCUCAUGGACCCCGCUUUCACCCACAAAGCGCCACUCGCUCCUCCCCACCGCACUCUCCAUCGACUCAAUCCCCCCUGCCAGGUCCCACGCACCACCCGCAUCGGCCCCCCUUGACCCUUUUGCCAUCGGAAACCUCCCCUCGUCGGUCGUCCAGCGCAUCUUUGAACAUGUGCCCGUAAACGACCUCCACAAGUGCGCCCUCGCCGCACGGCCCCUCGCACGCUUCGUCGCAGACGAACGCCUCUGGGCACGCAGGCUAAACGCCCUCCAAUGGUCACACGUAGAUGGCCUCGACGUCGCCUACCGCCCUGACCUAUCGACUCUCCCCAUAUCCGAGAGGCACAGAGGCAGCGCGAGCGGCAGUGCUGUCACUGCCAACAGCAGCAGCAAGCACGGCAAUAUCGCCACAGCCACUACCACCGCCCACUCCAGCACCGACGACGACUUCGGCGACUUUGAGACGGCCGCCUUGGACGCCGGCCCAAGCCGCAGCAAUGGCAACCCCAACAAUCACAGCGGCGGCGGCGGCGGCGACGACGACGACGACGACGACGACGAUUUUGGCACCUUUGCCUCGGCCGAUCCCGCCUUUGACCGCAGCGGGCAGAGCUUCUCCAACGCCCCUGUCUUCUCGUACCGCGCAGAGUCCAAGCUGCCCAUGCCCUCGUCGGAGCCCAACUCGGCUUACCAGACCUUCAAGCGCAUCGCCAUUGCCCUCAAGCCCCUGCUCAAGUCGCUCGCCGACGAGCCCACGCCCACCGCCUCGCUCCUCUUUUCCCACCCGCGCCUCUCGUCGCUCAAGUCCCAGGCCACGGCCCUGGCCAACAUCGCAGGCUUUACCGGCCCAACGGUGCUCGGCUACCUUCCUCCCGCUCCCCGCACCUCGGGCCAUGCCGGCGACUCCAACGACCGCGACGACGCCGGGCUGGCCGAGCGCAGGGUGCGGCACGAGCGCGAGGCCGCCCUCGACCGCCUCCACGCCAACAUCCGCGAGGCCGCAGACUACCUCGAGGGCGUCCUCCUCUCGGCGUUUGAGGGUGCAGAUGCGCGCCGUUCCGACGCCGUCAGGGCGGGCGAGCGCGGCAUCGAGGUGCAAAAGAGCGUCGACCGGAGCGAGGAGGCCAUGCGCGAGCACGCCGGCCUCAUCUGGCACCUGGCCCAGGCCAUCAAGCGCAUCUCGGGCCCCGCGCACCACGCACUCGACGUCCGCCUCGGCGAUGCCAUGUUCACCUACCUCGACGCCGCCGGCUCCUCGGCCGCCCUCUCAUUCCUCGACAAGCGCGACGUUCUCUUCCGCCGGGUCGAGCACGACCCGGCCGGCAACAUUGUCCCCUCGCCCGACGGGCCCUCGCUCGACUUUACCGCCAUGGACAGCUUCAUCAACGACGUGCUGGCCAGCGUCGAGCGCGACGGCUCGCUCGUCGCGCGCGUGUUUCCCGCAGAGCAGGACGUCCUCCUCGCCUUUGCCAGCCGCGUGGCCAACGAGAUCGUGGCCGAGUAUGUCAACGCCGUGCUAGCAAAGGCGCGCGCCAUCUCAAUCCACCUCUACCUCCAGGCCUGCGCCGCUACCUUCACCCAGGCUUCUCGCCUCGUCGAGGCUUUGACCUCGAUCCAGCCCCGCAGCGCGCGCGUCACUCCGCAGCGGUGCGACGACGUCGUAUUUGCCAUGUGGGAGGUCCACCUGGACGACUACCUGCAGGAGGAGCGCGACUGGGUCAAGGAGGCCAUGGCCCGGACGUGCGACGAGAGCGGCACCAGCGACAGCGUCUCGACCAACAUGGACGCCGCCUUUCUGCGAGCCCACAACCCGGCUGCCGUCAAGCGCAACGUGCUGACGGGAUUCAAGGACGUGCUGCUGAUGCCCGUCACGGUGGUGCCACGCGCAGCGGGGGUUGUGGGAGGCGCCGUGAUCCGGACCGCGGGCAGCGGCCUGUCGCAGCUCAACCCGCUCCGAUGGCAGAGCAGCUCGACGCCGAGCAAGGGCACCGGCGGCUCCACGACGCCCUCGGGCCUCUCGCGCACGGGUACGCCCUCCAACGCCGAAAAAGGGUACGUCGACUUCAGCAGCGGCGGCGGCGGCGGCGACGGCGGCGAUGGUUUUGCGCUGGGCGACGAUCCGGACGACGACGACGACGACGAAAGCCUCGGCGAAAAGGCGGCGCGCAUGCCGUUCGAGCAAGACAACGAGUGGGCGUCAGAGAUUGAUGCCUGGGCCGGCUCAUCGUCGAGCCGGAUGGAGAAGACGGCGUCGGGCAACGCGGUUUCAUUGACGACGGCGCCGGCAUCGCGCGGCGAAAAGAGGCAGUCGCUCAAGCCACCGGCAUCAGCGGCGGGAACGGCGACGGCAUCGGGGAAAGCAUCACAAAAGGCGACGACGACGACGACGACGGCGUCUCCGUUUGCACGGCUGCAGCUGCUGCUGAGCCUCGAUACGGCGCUCCAGCUGAUCCAGCUGAACCGCGAGUCGCUCAAGCGGAUGGAGACGUUUGCGCGCUUCUCGGGCGCGUACGGCGCGCGCGUCAAGGAGGAGAUGGAGGAGAUCGCCGUCCUCUUCUUCCAGUGCCUGGGCGAGAAGCACGUCAGCCCGGGGUUCGACAAGGCGUCGGCGCAGAUCAAGUCGUGGAAGCCGUCCGAGCAGGCGGGCAAGGAAAAGGCCGGCGCACCGGCGGCCGGUGCCGCUGCUCGCAGCGGCACGCAAAGCGACAGCGACGGCGACGUUGGCGAUGCGCAGGUGGCUCCGCUCGUCUACUUUUUCGAGCUGGUGCACGUGGGCGACACGAUUGCGCAGAUGGUGCAGGUCUACUACGACCAGGAGCUGAGCCGGCACAUUGACCGGACCGACUUCCUCAACGGCGUCGUGCGGGAAAAGAAGCGCUUCGAGUCGGCGCUCGACGAGAGCGUGGCGAGCGGGCUGAAUGUGGGCGUCGACCUGCUGCUGGGCCAGGCCGAGUGGCUCAUCACGACGCACCAGGACGCGCGCGACUACUACCCACUGCCGGGCGCCGACCUCGACCUGGCCAACCCGACGCGCGCGUGCCGCGAGUGCGUCGAGUGCCUGCGCCUCCACUGCCGCAUGCUCGUCGGCAGCACCGACAAGACGGUGCUCGAGGUGUUUUACCAGGAAGUCGGGAUACGCCUGCAUGCGAUAAUCUGCAAGCACCUCAAGCGACAAAUCAUCUCGCUCGACGGCGGCUUCAAGGUGAUCUGCGACCUCAACGCCUACCACGCCUUUGUGGCGUCGCUGCGCCAGCCCAGCGUCACCGUCUACUUUGACGCGCUCAAGAUGCUCGCCAACCUCUACAUCAUCGACAACCCAAAGGAACUCGCGUCCAUUGUCCGCGACGCCUCCAUGUUCAACGGCACCCUGUCCCCCGAGGACCUCUAUGAGUUUUUGCAGGCACGAUCGGACUUCAAGUCAAUCGAAAAGGCCAUCGACAAGGAGAUAUACGGCUUCAAGGCCACCGAGGACUGCUCCGUCAUGUAG